CUUAAGAAACCAAGAUUUUUUAAUAAGGCAGUGCAGAAGUCCAUUAUACACGAAAUGGUAUACAGUACUAGUGGACAGAGGCCAGUAAAAUGGGGCUUGUUGGUAACAUGUAUCUUUGCCAUAGUGGUUAAAGCUUCUCAAUAUUGUUCGGAAGACAGGCUCACUGUGUAUAGGGUGUCACUGGUCACAGAGUGGUCAGAAGAAAAGUUCCCGAAACAGUAUCCCCAGUGGAGACCUCACGCCCAGUGGUCGAAAACCUUGGGUCGCUCUCACAACGACAGCUACAAGCUAUGGAGACUUGGAGAAGUAGCGACUGACGGCAUCAAGUUGUUUGCAGAAAGAGGAAACUCAGAGAUCCUAGACCAGUUUUCUCAAGGUGAAGGCGGGGUUUUUGACGUAUUCUCUGCUCCUCCAAUAAACAGUGGAGUUGGUCGGACUGAAGCAGAGUUCUUUGUUGAUGGUAACCAUUCAAAGGUAUCCCUGAUAGCUCGAAUCAUUCCAAGCCCUGACUGGUUCAUUGGAGUGGACAGUUUUGAGUUAUGUGUGAAUGGCAAGUGGGUAGACACCAUUAUAUUGGAUGUCGAUCCUUUAGACGCUGGAACCGACAACGGAUUUACUUUCACUGCUCCAAACUGGCAGACAGAACCCAGAAACAAAAUUUCUCAAAUCACUGCCCACCAUCCCAGUCAUCCAGCUAAUUCUUUCUACUACCCUAACCUGAGGAAACUCCCUAUAAUUGCUUACUUCCAAUUCACGAAAACAAAAAUUUAUGAAUUAAGUGAAGUGUUUUCUCAUGUGAAGGAUCAAAUCAUUGCUGAAGAGGAAGAAGAAGAAUCAGAGGAAAAGAAACUGGAGGAAGAAGUUGUUAUAAUGGAAGCCAACACCGUCGGUUAUGAAGGGACCGUUAGCGGUCUUAGGAUCAAAAUCAUCAAAAAUGAUGAAGCAACAGAACAUUCAGCAAGAAGUCAAACUAAAAGACUGAGAGAAUUGUUGAAGCAGAGAAGAAGUGGUUUCCGAAUUCGUUCCGCAUCACACCAUUCAGCACAUCGUCGACCUCGUCCAUGCAAGGUCAGCGACUGGUCAGAAUGGUCAUCAUGUAGUGAAACCUGUGGUUUUGGUAAAUCCACCCGAACGAGAAGAGUAAUCAGACACGCCAAGCGUGGAGGAUCUCCUUGUCCACUCUUACAAGAAACGCGAUGGUGUCGGGGAACUGGAAACUGUCGUUUGGAAAAUAAAAGAUACUUCUUUUGGUGAAAACAAAACAAAGAAAAAAGAUAUUUAGCUUACCAUCACACAAUUGAUAUUUUCCCGAAGAGCUAACUACAUUAAUUUUUGGCCUCAGCUUGUGAAUCAAAAUACUCUCUCUCUUUUUUUUUUGUACAGAAACUACGUAUAAAACAAAAGUUAGCAUUUUUUUGCGCAUGGUAACGAGACUAUUCUUAAUUUUGAAAAUUGUGGUAAAUUUUCUAAGAUCACAUUUAAGUAACUUGCUAAACUAAUACAAUACCAGCAUACAUUUAAGGAUCGCUGUUCCACAAAUUAUAAAAUCUCGUUAAUUAGUAUAGGUAUAACUAUGACAAAUAAGAGUUUCUAAAGCAUGUUUUAACCUUUUUUUAAGACGUUCAGAUUAAACUAAUGCUGUCCAGAUAUUUUAUUAUAAUAAAAAUAUAUAUGAAUCACUUUAAAAACUAUUAAGUGUAUCUAUUAGGUUAAUUUAGUUUUGAUGCUACUUUAAAAUAUUAUAGUAAGUUGUACGUUUCUCUUAAAAACAAUAUAAUAAUUGUGUUGAAAAAAUGGACAUAUUGACUUGGAUGUAUAUAGUUUUGUUUGAACGAAUCUUACAGUCGUUUGAUUUGGAAACUAAAGUUUAGUAUGUAUUUAUCCUUUCAGUAAUCCUGCCCACUGCUUAUCUGUCCAGCUGUUUAUGGACUUCAGUUGUAUCGAUUUUAUGAAAUGCAUGUAUAAAUUGCGUUUUUAUGGUAUUCCUUUAUGGCGCAAACGUUUAUAGUGAUCUUCGUGUCAUUUUAAUAAUGCUUUAGCGGUUCCUAAUUUAAGGGUUUUAUUGC